UAUGGAAUACCCUAUGCGACAGCACCAACUGGAAAAGAUAGAUUUAAGAGUCCUUUACCUCCUCCAACCUGGAAAAAUCCUUUAAAGGCUGUCAACGGUUCGAUUAUUUGCCCGCAGCCUGUAAGUGUAGCAACAGAAAAUUGUCUGGUAGCUAAUGUCUUUGUUCCGAGAAGAAGUGCAAAAAAAUUACCCGUUUUAGUUUUAACCCACGGAGGUGGCUUUGAAUUCGGUUUUGGAAAUAUGUUUACGUUUAAGCAUUUACUCGAAACAAAACAAAUGAUAGUAGUUACAUAUAACUAUAGACUGAAUGCUCUUGGUUUUUUAUGUCUUGGUACAGAAGAUGUUCCCGGCAAUGCUGGAUUAAAAGAUCAACUGGCUCUAUUUAGGUGGGUAAAAAAAAAUAUUGCACCUUUUGGGGGCAAUGCUGAUGACGUGACAGCAAUGGGAUUCAGUGUUGGCGCCGCUUCCACGGGAAUUUUCAUAAUAUCAAAUGCUUUCAAGGGAUUAUUCAAUAAAGUGAUUAUGGAUAGUGGAGCAAAUAUUGCGGAUUUUCAUAUUCAACAUAAUCCUAUCAAAAAUGCUCAAGAAUAUGCUAAACUGCUAAACUUCACCAAGGUUGACAAUCUUAAGGAGUUAGAAGAAUUUUAUAAAACAAUUUCAUACGCUGAAUUAGUGUCAAAAUCGUGCACUGGUUUAUUUUCUCCAUGUGUUGAACGUGAUUUGGGUCUAGAAGCAAUUAUUACAAAAAGUCCCGUUAGUAUUUUGAAAAGUGGAAAUUAUCAAAAAGUACCAAUACUUCAAGGUUUCACAGAACACGAAGGUUUACAUCUGAUUGGACUUUUCAAUAGCACUAAAGCGAUGAUGAACCGAAAUUUCUCAGCUUUUCUACCCGGAGAUCUAAGUUUUAAAAAUGACGAGGAAAAACAACGUGUUGCAUCUAAUGUCAAAAGAUUUUAUUUUGGAGACAAGGAAGUAAAUGAUGAAACGAUUUUAAAUUUUGUGAUAUACCUUUCAGACACAUUAUUCAUUUAUCCAAUAUUGAGGUCUAUUCAAUUUUAUUUGAAGGCGGGGCAAAAAAAUAUAUAUCUGUAUGAGUAUACAUUUGUUGAUAAAGACACUCCAUACAUACCACAUACAAAUAUUAGGGGUGUGAGGCAUAUCGCAGGAACACUUGCUGUUGCCGACAUCACAAAUAAUGGUACUCUGGAUGAAUCGUCGAUUACAGAUGAUUAUAAGCAAAUGAAACAUAUAAUGAGAACCUUAUGGUCCAAUUUUAUAGUAAACGGGACUCCAGUAACAAAUGACACGGGACUACCAAAUUGGCCUCCAGUAUAUAAGAAUUGGUCACCACAUAUGGAGCUUAAUCUGCCUAUCAAAUUGAAAGGAAUUGUAAUACUAAGACGUUUUAGAUUUUGGGACAGAAUAUAUGAAAAGUAUUACAACGAUCCGAUUCCACCAAGAGAAUAAAAUAAGACCUUGACCACCUAAAUGAAUAUAAAAUGGGAAACAAGGAAUAUAUACUAUAUUGAAACUUGAGAGACAUUCAUACGUCUAUCUCAAAUAAUUAUUUAUAUAAGCUGUAGACAUAAUGUAGCGCGCCUCAUCGCAACUGCCGCAGCUGGUCGCAAGUUUAGCAAUACCACACCUAUUCUGAUUAAAACAAACCGUAAUUAAAUUAUAAUAGCAGGGAUAUACAAAUAUUAAGUUAGUGGAUAGACGUUUUUAAUCUGUCCAUUUUCAGCGCAAACGUAGACAAUUUAAAAAGGUUUGUAUCUCAAUAGAAGAAAAUCUAAUUGCUUUGAGUACUGGCGUCCCAAAAAGACAGAAGAAAUAUAUUGGGUCAGUUAUUACAAGACAUCUCAAUAAUUAAUCUUUAUCAGCACUAUUUCGUGUCUUCCUUCCAAUUCACUGAGAUAAUAGUAGCUGAGAAACAUAAGGAUGAUUUAGCUACACCCAUGCAUUAAACCCUCUCUUAAAGAUUCUAAAACAGUUAGCUUAUUGCCAACAUUAAAACAACCAAUAUCCUAAUAACCGUUACAUCAUCCAAAUGAGUGUUGUACUGAAAUUCAGUCAAUCAGUGUUGAAAGUCGUUUGGUUGAUGUAAUGGUUCCUAGGACUGGCUUUUUAAUGUUAGCAGUAAGCUGACUGUUUGAGAAUCUUUUAUAGAGGAUUCAUAUUAUGGGUGUAGAUAAAGUCUUGUAUGCAACUGUUGAUAAGUAGGUAUUAAAACACUCAUCUGAUUCUAUUAUCACAUUCUUGUUAUAAUACCCCUUAUUACACAACAGUUGCUUAAAUAACUAUAACACUAGCUCUAAGUUUUACACAAUGUUGUUAUAAAUGAGAUAUUAAUAAUUUUUUGGUUGUUGGCAUUCACUGCCAUCUCUCGGAAGAAAUUAGGAGAGUUUGUUAAUAACACUCUGGGUGAUCCAAUCCAAAGUUUGUGAUUUUAAAAUAUUAUGAUUUUAUUAUGGUUUAUUCAAAAUUCUUUAUUUUUUUGUUUCAAUUUUCAAAUAUUGGGUAUAGAAUAUAUAACGGAUCUCUUAACCCCCUUUCGGAUUAUGUAGCAUACAAUAUUUUGAAUGUACACUAGCAUAUUGUCGGAAAUAUUUAGACCUGUUUAUAAAGAUUUUAGCACAAAAUACUUUAAACUCUAUGUUUUAGCAAUAAGACACAAAAUUUGAAUGAGACUUCAUAAACUGUACCGAUUUUCCUGUAUAAUUUUGUAGAUGGAAUAUUGCAAUUUCCAUGAACACGAAGUGCCAUUGAGUGCUCUACCGGGCGUUUUCCAUUCCAUUUCACACAAUACUUAUAUUUUAAAUUCGCGUUAUAAACUACGAUGUACCUACAUUUUAAGUACUAAGCAACAUUUGGCACUCUACAUGCAUGAAUAUAAAUGAACACGAAAUACCAAAUUUACAGUUUGCUAUUUGGGUACAGAAUUACUGUCUAUGUUUUGGCAAGCGUAUAGAAUCUCAGAUGAACUAUAUUGGCUUCUAUCUCAUAAAAUAUUAGAGUGGAUUUACACUUGCGCAUGUAGAUAUAACAUGACUCACUGCUUUGGAACAAUGCAACUGCUUGCAACGAAUUCCCAUUUCUUUCAUUAUUAGUGUUGUGCAUGGAUUGCCGAAUCUUAGCUUAUUAUUAUUAACGAUUCAUAUAGCCCAGUGGUUAGUACCCUGCCUACUUAGCUAGGGUCUCGGCUUGAAACCCGGUAGGUGCAAACAUUUAAAUAACGAAUAUGGAUGUUUGUUUCCGAGUCUAUUUCUAAUAUUAUAAAUGCGAAAGUUUGUGAGCGUGUGUGUAUGUUUGUUACUUCUUUACGCAAAAACUACUGAAUGAAUGUUAAUAAAACUUUACAAUAAUAUAGCUUACAUAUAAAAAUAACACAAAGGCUAUAAUUUAUAAAGAUAUAGAUUGAAUUAUCCAACAAUAUAACGAUAAGUGUGAUAAUAUAAGAUAACUAUGAAAAAAAAACUGCAAACUACGAGCUAUUCAUGCGUGCUCCACAAAAAACCUUAGGAGUUACCAAUAUACACAUCGGAUCGGAUGACUGUGGGCGGGGGAGUUAUUUAAAGUUGCAUUUUCAAUGACUAUCAACAAAUCGCAGGGUAAAACAUUAAAAGAAUCAGGCAUAUAUUUUAUAAUGGCAUGUUUCUUCCAUGGCCAGCUCUACGUGGCUUGCUCAUGCGUUUCUUAAUCGGAAAAUCUGCAUCUAUUUAUGCUGACUGAAAUAAAUCAUUUAGCAUAGUUUAUAGAGCAGUAGCUACCUAUAACUUUUGCAUUAUCAUUAAUCAUUUAUUAUACAUACAUGCGUUCCUAUGUAUCCUUCAUAAUAAAAUAGUUAGUUCAAAUUUACAUACAUACUUACAUUACACAAAAUACUAAACUAUACGCGGUGUAGGUAAAUCUAUAAACGGUGGUGAUAUUAUGAAGUAACAAACAUACAGUCGAAUUGAGAAUUGCUUUAUAUUUAAAUUGGUUUGAAAUGGGAAUGGACAAACUGCCCUCAGGCUAUUAAAUAAUAAGUUUUAUUGUAUGAUAUUACAUUGUAAACAUAUUUUUAUAAAAAGAAGCUAGCUGAGUUUCUUGCGCUCGUUCUUCUCAGAUCUGAGGCAUACCUUUUUCUAAGUGAUAUUAUAUUCUAUUUUGAAUAAAAAUAUUUGAAUUUGAAA